AUGGGCGGAGCCCUCUCCCUCUUCACCAAACUCCUCUGGUCCAAAAAAGAAAUCCGCAUCCUAAUCCUCGGCCUCGACAACGCCGGCAAAACAACCCUCCUCUACCGCCUCAAAAUCGGCGAAGUAGUCACCACAAUCCCCACAAUCGGCUUCAACGUCGAAAGCGUAUCCUACAAGAACCUCUCCUUCAACGUCUGGGACUUGGGCGGGCAAACCUCCAUAAGGCCAUACUGGCGUUGCUAUUACUCGAACACAGCGGCCGUGGUGUUUGUUAUUGACUCGACGGAUGUGGAGAGGCUGGAGACGGCGAGUGGGGAGUUGAAGGCGAUGUUGCAGGAGGAGGAACUGAGGGAUGCGAGUUUGCUGGUUUUCGCGAAUAAACAGGAUCAGAAGGGUGCGAGGGGGGCGGGGGAGAUUAGUGAGAAGUUGGGGUUGGGGGAGUUGAAGGAUAGGAAUUGGAGUAUUGUGGGGUGUAGUGCUGUUACGGGGAAGGGAGUGGAGGAGGGGAUGGACUGGCUUGUGCAAACGGUAGGGGAGAACUCGUAA